GUAUUUUGAAAUUAGGAAGGAAGAAGUUGUCUAUCAACAACACAUCUUUCGUAUCUUAUGGUGGCAUAGUAGUUAUGGACGUAAACAACACUUUAGAGUUUCUCUGCUUUUUUUACUCUCUCAAUGUCAUAGUGCAGCAGAACUAGCUGUUGUUAUCUUACCGCAGGGCAGGCGGCGGAGAGCGGACGCCGGGGGACGUCUGCCCCUUUUAACCCACAUUCUCUCCUCUGUCAUGGCUCUUUGCCAAAGAAAUUCAGUGUUUUGUGAUUAUGAAAGAGAACUUCUGGUGUCACUUUAGCGAGAGGAGCCAUGGCAGCCAACUAAAUGCGGGCUCACUCUUACAUGACUGACUGACCGGCCGUCGCCAUGCCGAGCCAAGCGACGUCCCCGCCGCCGCUGGCAGUGACCGUGCUGGCCGCGUUGUGGGUCAGUUUGGGUCGGUACGGCGCCUCCGAGGCUCCCGGACCAGGAUGUGACAGCGGAAAGCUCUCUUUGGACAGGGACCUCCUUACAGAUGCGUUUCACUGGGACUGCGCCGUGUCUACUUGGUCAGAGCCUACUCAGAAACUCCCAAGUAUUGACACUGUGUAUGAUCCUGAGCCUGCCAGGCAGAUAUGUGUGGACACACCCAUCUCUUACAAGCACACCAUUCCCAACAGUGGAGCGUACAGACCAGUGAGGGCAGAGAGUGGAGAGUACUUGUACUGCCCUCCUCAACGGUGGCUCAACAACUUGCAUCACGGAGCUCUCGUUUUGCUCUACCAUCCGUGUGCACCGCCCCUUGAGCGCCACCUCCUGACUGGCCUGGCUCGCUCCUGUUUACCAGACUACAUCCUUACCCCACACCCACAGCUCAGGCCAGACAUGCCUAUAGCUUUGGUGUCGUGGGGUCACACUUUGGAGCUGCCUACAGUGAACUCUUCAGCCGUGUGUAAUUGGCUGGAAACUACACAAACCACAAGACAUAAGAUCGAAGGUGUGGCCGAGACUAGAGAAUACAACCUGCUGUUGACUUGGCCAGCAAGACGGCACCGACUGGAACGAGCAAUAAAAACAAAGGAGACUCUGAGGCGGUGCUGUGAGCGGACCAUCUCCUCUCUGCUGAGCACGGAGAAGGGACCCUCGGAGCAAAUGAAAGAAGAGGGCAACAGCAGACGGAUAAGAGCUGCCACUGGAGAAAAAGAGGACAGCAGACACACCACAGCAACAACCAGUCAGACCAACAGAGCCAUCCACCGGAGGACGAGGGAUGUCCAGAAUCACAGCAGCACCACGCCUGCACCAUCAGCAGACUCUCCUCCAGAGAGAAGGACACUCUCAGAUGCUUCGAAUUCAAAGGGAACUCCUCAGUUUAAGAUCCAAAAUCAGGUCCAAACCACCAGGACACCUUUAAGGCCACAUAUAUCUGAGACACUGAAAACAGAUGGAUUAGGACUUGGGCCUUCUCAGUCUCAGAAAGGCAGGCCAAUGCUACAGACACCAGCACUGCAGCCCAGUCAUGAACAGUCUGACCUCAGAGAUCCACACCCCUCCGCUGGGAUACACGUCGCCCCAGAUGGUGUGAACAUUAAACAAAACCUUACCACCGCGCUCGAAGGCCGCACUCCCAGUCCAAAAGAUGAAGGUACGGGCUCAAUAAAAGAGAAAGACUCUAAUAAACACAGCGAGAAAGCGAAUGACUCAGAGGAGAGAAAUGUUGACAAAGGCCACGUAACAGAUGGAAAGACGAAGGAUAACGAAGUGGUAGAUGUUAAAGAAAGAGAGGUGGACAGUUCGAAAAUGCAGAGCGCCGCGCGCUCCGACCACAAAACCAUUUCCAAAUCCAAGCCAGAGUCUCGGAUGCAGCAAAACCAACAGGCGGCCGGUCGCAGCCAUGCCGACGGCCGUGACUGCGACAGCUGCAGAGCAGGUGAACAGUGCGACUGCUCCAAGGCCUCAGGGGCCGAGGCCAGAGCUGCCCUUGUAAACACAGGUUUGCCGAGGACUCCCAGGACGGACGAGGCGGUGUGGGCGGCCGCAGCGCUGGGGUUCCUGCUGGUUCUGCUGACGCUGUCAGUGCUUCACACCCGCCUGUACCGCCACUGGAGGACCAUGCCCAGUCUGUACUGGCAUGACCCGCAGCAGGACUACGACAGCGUGGCAGACGUGAUCCGGAGGAGGUUGCGAAUCGCAAAGCGAAGGCGGAAGAGAAGCAGGAGGCAGGAGUGCGUUCUCCUACCGAGCUCCUCCAGCUCAGAUGAACUUCCAUAGACAAAUAAGAGAGACUGUCAAGGACGCGCUGAAGGGAUUUUCAUGCGGUGGAGGUGAAGAGUGCACACGGAGAAGGAGUCGAGAUCUGGACUGAAUCUGAAAAGCAGAAAUAUUUUAAAAUACACUUGACAGCUGAUGGCACAUCACCUAGAUUCUGUUCGCAAGCUGAUCGGACGCACUCGUCCGUCACGUCUUCAGCCUUCAGUGAAUAUUUUUGUAGUUUGUUUUUAUAAAUAGUUUUUUAGUUAUGUUGCUUUUACCUGAUGUGGUUUAGUGUGUAAAAACGUAAGUUGCUGUUGUAAGCAGCUCUGAAUAUAGAGUACAUCUCUUGGAAAACCGAAGUGUGGCACCAGCUGUCAUCAUCUUCUAAACCUGUGGAGGUUUACGUAGGGACGUAUUGUUAUUGGGUACUAUGGCGUAAGGCUUAAUGUCAAUUAAAUCUUGCACCAGCAGCGGCAAUAGAAUGGAAAUUUCCAUCAUUAGACUUGAGACUUUUUAAUAAUCUGCUCGGCAACACGUCAGAAUGACUGAAGGCAGAAAUGUGAUAACAUGAGGGAACUGGAAAUAAAUGUGAUCUUUUAAAAAUGAUUAAGUGUGAAAUAUAUGUAUUAAACAUUUGCCUCUUUGUGGCUUUGUCACCACCACAGAAUAUAAAAUAAUAGGAAAACGUCAAAUGCAAAAAAGGUUAAUGGCGUAAAAUGAUGUAAUCCUUUGACUUUCAGGGAUUAUAAUUUUACAGUUACAAUAUUUGACAAGGUUACUUCACUGAAUUCAUGAAAAAAAAACAGCAUGCACCCCAUCUCAUGUUAUACAAUUGUUUUAAUCAUCUCAGCACAGUGAAGUUGAAUAGUCCAAUGAUACCAGUUAAUUAUUCGCCGUCAAAAGUGACUAGUUCAGUUAAGAUUUGCCUGAAAACACCUUUAAAUAGACUCACUGUUGAACCUGAGAGAAUACCCAUGACAUUAAGGCAUUAAACGCAGACAGACCCAGGACAAUUAAAUUGUUUUAUUUUAUUACAAAUGUACAGCUUAUGAGUUUCCAUUACGAUUGACCUCUUUAAGUCAUUGUUUUUCUCUACUUUAUACAGUUUUUAAUCGUCUUCUUUUAAAAGAUAUCUCUCCCGUCACCCAUCUCCCAAAGUGUAGAGCUGUGAAGAAACACAGGGACAGCGACAGUACAGGCCACGGUGCACUGCCACGGCUGAGAAUUGUGUUUGUGUGUAAUUCUGACUGCAGGUUUAGUGUGUUGGUGUGUGUGUGUGUGUACUUGUGCAUGGCUUGGUCCGACUGGUUUGUGGCGUGUGUCUGACGUUGGAAAGUGUGUGUGCUAGAUUCAGGACAUAACGCUGCGUAUAAAGUCUGUCGGGUGCGACGCGAGCUGACGGAAGUAUUUAACAUUCGCACUAGAGGCACCCUACGUAGUGUCCGCUAACUCUGAGGGAGGGGACGAGGCCGUGUGCAUUUUUUUUUUUUUUUUUUUUUUUUUUAGACCCUCGUCCCGCCGCUUUGAGAUGACUGUAGUGUUAAGCCGUAGUGCGCUUCAGGCAUUUUCCCCCAAUCCCGAAUCUCGCGUCCUGCACCUGAUGCACUUCGACUAAGACCUUUGGGAGAGCGCGGCACGUAAAUGCAGAUCCUACUUUGCCCAGCUGGUGUUUGAAAAUAGUGCAACUAAGACCACACUGUUAAGAGUCAGCUGUUCUCCCUCUUCGCCUCUUGAGGAUUGAAGUACGAUGUGACUACGUAGGAGGAUAAGUACCACAGCGCGACCGCGCCGACGAGUGCAUCAGGUGUCGAGACUUAAGAGCUGACCGGAGAUUCGGUGAACGGAUCUCAUAGCCUGAAGCCCAUUUAGGCAAACAAAUAGACAUAAAUAUAUCACAAACAUAACCCUAACAUAUAGCUUAAUAUAAAAUAUAGCAUGAAAAUAUAGGUUCAUAUAUAUGGCUCUAGUCUAAAACUUGGGCGAUCAUGAUUGAAGGGUCAAGCGUUUCUACUGGCCCCUGUGUGUGUGUCGUGUGUGUUGUGUGAUUCUGUUGUUUCAGCAGUCAGUACAAGACGGUUGUAACUCAGCCAGUCAAACAGGAGAUGAUGAUGAUGAUGAUGAUGAUGAUGAUAAUGUGCAAAGGCAUUCAACAUCGAACAAUGAUACAUUUCAAGAGUCUUCCGGACAUGUUUCAACCACAAUCGGACCCCUCCCUCCCUCCCUCCCCCCCCCAACACAGACGUGUGCAGCUAUGUUGAAGACUGAGGGAUGCGGAGUCAGUCAGUCAGGCAUCCCAAUUAACUAAAAAAAAAAAAAAAAAAAAACUGAAACAUGAAUAAAGUGGGAAGAGGAGUGCUGAGGGUGACCUGGUUUCUGCUCAAAGAGUUUGGAGCUGAAGGCUUCUCGCUAAAAAGGCAGCGACGCACGGAAAUUGCGAUGCAGCUGCCGCGUGAUCUCGUCCUGCGAUGAAGCAUUACAGAGAAAACCGACGCAAGAGCGAACACGAGCUGCAAACAGUUUGGGGGAAACCAGCAGCAGAAGAAGCGUUGGAGAAGGGUCAGAGGCAAAUCUAAACUAGAGGAGGACGAUCCUCCUGGAAGCUGGGAAAGACUUUUAAGAUCCCAUCUGAUUCCCUAGUUACAGAUAUGACCGUAUUUGUUCGCCGCGGUACGCGCUUUAAACGUUCAGUAGGCUAAGUGCGCGAGGUUUUGACGGAAAAAGAAAUAAAACUUUGAUCCCGGUGCUCUCUCCUGUUGGCAGAGUCCAGAGACAGAGAGCUAGAAGUGACAGGGUUCUGUGGCCCAGAUCAGCAGGCCGUGACAGAGUUGGCUUGAUUGUGCUUGCCAGACAGUCGUAAAAGAGAAAAUAAUACUUGGCAAACUUCAAAAAAAAGAAAGAAAAAAAAAGAAGAAGCACUCUUUAGGAGGCCUAACCCAUUUCAUACACACUUCCUCAUAUGAAAACGUGUACAUUCCAGUUUGCAAGAUCGGGUGCUUUCCACAGGUCUACAUAAAGCUUAACUGUAACAUACCAGUGUGUCAUAUUAACUUAAUGGCACUCAUUACCCAACAUACAUGCAAAUAAUGGUGGCUGUUUAACAAUAGUAUAAAGUGCUCCUUCCGAGCAAGACCGAGGGGUCAAACCUUUCAAACGAACUGGACCAAGUGUUUUAAUUAUCCCGCUUGGCACUGAGAAAGCUGCGAUUCUGAGAUGAUUCCACUGGCUCUGUUAAACGAGGCAAACUGUACGAUAAAUCAAGCGCAAAAACGAAAAGCCCGGGAGCAUUUUUGAUCCUGUCGCAACGCGCCGAGGGGGCUUCUGCGCCCUGACAGAAAAUCAAAAUCGGCUAACUAAUGUCCGCCCCCCCAACCCCCACUCCCCUUUGGCAACUGUUCAACCACUUGGCCACGAGACGUAUCACAACAUGAAGAAGAAAAAAAACAAACAAAACAAAACAAAAAAAAAAACCUCAACUGUCACCCAUAAAAGGAGAGCUUGAGAAAUGUUGAGGACCAUUUCACAGGUUAUUUUUCAUGUGUGCACUAAAUCCCAGUCAGAGGUUGACGCGUGCUCCCAACCGCUCUCCCUACGCCACUAAACGAGAAUCAUACUUGAGACGAUGAAAUAAAAAUAAACAGUUAAAUCAAAAUGACAAGUCAGUAAAAUUAUCAAUACAAAAAAAAAAAAAA